CACAACUACUGUUCGGGACUAACACACAGAGGUAAAUUUUUUCUCUUUGAUAGAAAAGCUUUUGGAAUUUUUCAUUUUCCUUGCUUUCUUUUGUGACUCAUUCUAUCUCUAUCUGGUUUCAUGGCAACGGCAUAAUAGCUCACACACGUGCACCUCUACACCCCCUUCACAUACCUACUCACAACAUCCUCCCGCUCGACUUACCCUCUCAUUCUAUGUGAUUUUUCCAAUCUAUCUCUCAUCAUUAUUCUUCAUCCGCUUCACCUCAAGUGAUAAAGUACUGUGUCAACCACCUGAUUAUCAAGUGAUAUCGGGCUGCAUUCCUCUUCCGCGGUAACUCAACAUGGACUCAAACGCGGGUCCGGAAAAGUGGAAGGAACUCAUGGCAGCUUUUCGGGCAUUUCAUAGUCAAGCUGCAACCAACUAUAGGAAUAUGCCCAAAAAAACAGAAAACGAAGCUGCUUCUCAUGCAGCAGAGACUCCCAGGUUCAAAGCAACACCCGCAAAGCAUGCCUCUGACAGCCGAGAUGCUAAGCUCAAUGUCAGUAUGGGAACUGCAAGUACUGUCAUGACUUCUCCAAACUCCGGAAAGCCGAGGAAUCCUGUAGAAACCCUAGCAAGCAGCGUUUCAUCAGGAACAUCCAAAAAAAAUCACAUUGAAGUAAACAAACAGAACGCAAGAUCACAAGUGAAUGACAUUCCAGCCAAUAGAGCUGAAAAACUUUCCACCUCCAACUCUAUUCCCAUCAAGUCAUAUCCCAUUCUGACGGAUCUGCCUAGAGACACGGCUCCGGAAGACCAAGCUGUCAGCCCAGCUUCUAAGCCAUCCAUGUCGGUCAGCUUUUCUGUUUCAACAAUAGAACCAAGGAUCUCCGAACAACUUGAACCCGAAGACCUGCGCAGUGGAUCAAGCUGCCAGGAAGCGAAAGAGACUGCGGAUUAUCAUGUUGCUGAUGGUAUAUCCCCUGUUGUUCCCCCAGCCCAUUAUGGGACUCAUUCUAAUUAUGGCCCUUCUAAUAUAGAUAUGGAUUCAAGCGGCUCUGACGAGAUAGUUUUUCGCCAAGACGAACAUAACAUGGUUGGCCCUCGAUUGCAUGCUCGCAAGCAGGGCGUUGAGCAAGAUAAAGGAAAUCCAGUUGUGGCACAAAGGGACGCGGGAAAGGAAAGUGGCGAUCCUUCAAUCGGCCAGUCGGUUCCAAAUGCGGAGAAAAAUAAAAAUGCACCUGUUAAAGUGUUCACCAUAGAAGAAAAAAGGGCCAAGCUUCAAAGGCUCCAAGAACGAGAAUUGCACAAGAUUCGUAUGAGGCUACUCGAACCCGAGGAAGAUGAAAUCAGUGCGAAAUCGUUAAAGCUUGCUCGAGAAGGACCAGGGACUAGCCCUGAUUCUGAAAUCUCUCGUCGCAUUAGAAGCUUUGUCCUCGAGCCACCCAAGGGCAUAAAUCUAGCUCUUCCGGAUUCAGAGUCUGCUAGCCACGGUCACCAUGGUUCGACCGGUAUCGUAGUUGCGAGGUCUACCCUCACUGUCCCCGAAGAUCACCGAGAAGCCAGCAUUGAGUUGCGAAACAAUUCAGAUUUUCAGCCCGUCUUGGUCGACUGGCAAUAUCGUCCUUGGGAUAUCCAUGAUGAUGAGUGGACCAAAAGAUUCGCUGACUGGUUGGAGUACACUAUAAGACUUGGCUCCUACGUCGAGAUACAUUCUGGCCCUUUCACCAACGCCGACUUCCAUCCUGAUGGAGUAACCGGGUUUGUGGAGCUGGAUUUUGAAGCGCCAACCGCCCAUCUCGAUAUGUCGAUUCCGGAAAAUGCUCAUGCCCAUGAAACAUCUGCCGGCUAUGUUUAUAACUGGAAUCUCAGACUUGAGCACGAAAAGGCCAAAGAGAUAGAAGAGAAGAAACGGAACACUGCUCAUGUCAGAGCUGUGGCUAAGAUGAGACCUGAACCGCACCCUUUUGCUCCAAAGACCAACGUUUAUCUCCGCCCGGUGGAGGCAAAGGAUAUCCCGGGUCUGACCAAACUGUAUAACUGGUACAUUAAAAAUUCUACGCGAUGCAUUGAGUUGGACGAUAUAUCUGAACAUGUAAUGAAAAUUCGUGUGGACGGAAACGAAGCUGCGGGUUUCCCCUGUCUUAUCGCAGCAGAGCAUAAGCCAGGACGCGGAUAUCCCAUGAAUAGCGAGAACGAGAUGAUUUAUGGCUUCAUUAUGGCAAGUGAAUUCUCCGGCAAACGAACCGCAAAUAGAUAUGCGGCCGAGUUGGAAUUGUUCGUCAAUCCAACACAAUAUAAUCGUCGUGUUGGCCGAAGCCUAUUGGAUAAAAUGAUCGACUUGUGUGACCCAAAAUACACGCCCAAACGUGGCUAUAAUUUCGACUGUGCCAUGCCCAAAAGAAGCCUCUAUUGCGGUGUAGACGUCCGCCCGUUAUCAAGGCUCGUUGUUGUCGUGCAUCAUUCGGCUGAUGAAGUAAACGAAUAUCGAUGGUUAAGAAGAUGGAUGGAGCAAGAAUUUGGCUUCGUCGAACAGGGACUGCUUCAAGGAACCGCAGUUAAGCAGCGGAAAGUACUGAACUCCGCUUAUCUCGUCCGUAAUACCCCUCUACAGCCCGAAACAAAGGGGGACAACCAAGUCGUCCAGUGGCGCUUCCGUUAA